AUGUCCGCUGCCACCGCAAAGAAACCGCCCGCUGCGGGCGUCGGUCGCGUUUCUUCGACGGAUCCCGCAACGUCGCCUUCUGUGUCUCCCGCAAGAACACCUACGCGGUCUUCCACGCCCACCGCUGCUACUGCUACGCGCAGAGCGCCAGCUCGGUCGGGGACACCUGUAUCUGCCCGUGCAGCAGCCGUCUCGAGAAGAAAUUCCAUUAUGGGCAACAGCAACAAUAACGGCAACACCGAAGCCGAGGAAGCUGUGAGGGCUGAGACCGUCGCGCUGCUGGACGACCUCAAGGAGCGUCUCUCCAAGGCCGAGGUCUCUUCCGAUCAGUACAGGAAACAGGUCGAAGUGCUGCAGACGAGACUGGAUGACGCUAUUAAGGAAUCUUCCAAGCUGGAGGAGAAGGUACAUGAGGCGGAAGAGCAGAUCGAAACGCUGCGAAAGGAGAAGAGGGAUGCCGCCAAGAAGAUGCGUGAGAUGGAGGCUAUCUACGAGGCCGAGCGAAGCUCAAUGACCAAGGAGAAGGAAGAGAUGUCCAACAGAGAGGAGGAGAUGCAGACUAUCAUCCAGAGACUAAAGGAUACCCUGUCGCAACGAGCUAACGACGAGGAGGGCCGCCCAUCGCGGCAAUCUGCAACAUCCUCACCCAACAUCGACAACGGCAGCUUUGCUCCCCCUUCUUCCUUGAACCGCAGCGACUCCCGGAACAAUUCUAAGAUCUUGCUUCAGAAGGACAAGCUGAUUGAGUCAUUGAGACUCGAACUGGCAGAGGCACAAAUCAAGCUGGUGGAGUCCGAGAACCAGGGCGGCGGCAGGUUGCAGGAGGUGGAACGGCUGCUGAUGGAAGCUCGCAUGGCCAAUGCCCGCCUCAUGGAAGACAAUGAGAGCUACCAACUGCUUCUCCAGGAGAAGACUCUCAACGGCGAUUUCUCUAAGAACGAUUUUAGCUACAUGAGUGCGUCCGCCAACCAGGACGCCCUCAACGCGCUCGAGGGCCGGCCUCGCGGUGCGAGCUUGGCGGACGAGCUGUCCGAUGAUGCAUCUGACCCUGGCAACGAUAACGAACAUGUCCGCCGCCUUGAGUCAGAGGUCAAGUCUAUGAAGGACCAGAACAAAGCGCUUACGCUCUACAUCAACAAGAUCAUUGAGAGACUCCUCCAGCACCAAGAUUUCGAACACAUUCUGGACACUUCCAGCGAGCCCAAGCCACCAGGCGCCAACACCAACAAGGAUCUCCCGCCGCCACCGCCAAAGGAGGGCGCUUCCGGAGCCUCUCUGCUGCAACGAGCGAAGACCAUGGCCGCCGGCCCGAACAAGCCUAGACCAAGGCCUAUGUCGUACAUGCCUUCGGCGCAACCAGCCAACUCGGCGCAUACCGAUCCGGAGACAGCACCUCGCAUCCCUAUCGGGAACCUGACCCGUUCCUCUAGCACCCGUCGUGCGCGCCCCAUGAGCGAGCAGUUCACUGGCGUCAACUUGGUCAACCAGAUGUACAGGGGACCGGACGGCCCCAUCUCCCCGCCCCUUGGCUCCCCUCGCACCCCGCGAACUUCGCAGACCUUUAUCGGUGGCAACCCCCACGCCGCAGCCCGGGCAACCAGCGGUCAGCAGGCACCGACCGCAGGAAACUUCCCUGGGAUGCGCAGCGAUACGUCGAGCACGAGCGGUGACUCGAAUGGCCUGACCACGCCUCCCUCGCAGUCACCCCCGCGAUCCCACCAUGAAAAGCAGACCACAUUUGCGGGUAACAAGCCCCGUCCUCUGCGUCUGGUACAGGAGAACAACGAAACCAAGCAGGAGAACAACAAGCGAUCCAGCUGGAUGGGGUGGGCCUCAGGCUGGGGCAAGAAGGACGAAUCCCCCACGGCCUCAUCCAAUGAAGCCAUUCCCGAGUAA